GCACCUGAAAGCGUCUCAUGCCGAGCACCAGGACAAUCACAGGGUUGCACAGACGCCAGCACAGACGUGGGUGGUGGCACUGAUGAGGACUCUUGUGUGGAUAGGGUGAGGUUUCCCCGUGAAGGUGCUAAGAGAUGGCUCUCAUGGGUCUCCUCUCUGCCUGAGAAUUGGGUGCUAAGGGCACUGGACGAACCAACACCGACGCUGGGUUCCUUGCUUGAAUGAGCCUUCAUUUUCAGCCACUCCAGUCCAGCUGCUGCGUGGAACUACUCAUUUUCUCUUGAUGAUGGGGAUUGGCAAGAACACUACGUCCAAAUCAAUGGAGGCUGGAAGUUCAACAGAAGGCAAAUAUGAAGAUGAAGCCAAGCACCCCGCCUUCUUUACUCUUCCGGUGGUGAUAAAUGGAGGCGCCACGUCCAGUGGGGAGCAGGACAAUGAAGACACCGAGCUCAUGGCAAUCUACACUACAGAAAACGGCAUCGCGGAAAAGAGCUCUCUCGCAGAGACCCUGGAUAGCACUGGCAGCCUGGAUCCCCAGAGGUCAGACAUGAUUUACACCAUAGAAGAUGUUCCUCCUUGGUACCUGUGCAUAUUUCUGGGGUUGCAGCACUACCUGACCUGCUUCAGCGGCACAAUCGCGGUGCCCUUUCUGCUGGCUGAUGCCAUGUGUGUGGGCUUCGACCAGUGGGCCACCAGCCAGCUCAUCGGGACCAUUUUCUUCUGCGUGGGAAUCACAACUCUGCUGCAGACAACAUUCGGAUGCAGGUUACCCCUGUUUCAGGCCAGUGCUUUUGCAUUUUUGGCCCCUGCUCGAGCCAUCCUGUCUUUAGAUAAAUGGAAAUGUAACACCACAGAUGUUUCAGUGGCCAAUGGGACAGCAGAGCUGCUGCACACGGAGCACAUCUGGUACCCCCGGAUCCGGGAGAUCCAGGGUGCCAUCAUCAUGUCCUCCCUGAUCGAAGUGGUCAUUGGCCUCCUGGGCCUGCCUGGGGCUCUGCUGCAGUACAUCGGGCCCCUGACCAUUACGCCCACCGUGGCCCUCAUCGGCCUCUCUGGUUUCCAGGCAGCAGGAGAGAGAGCGGGGAAGCACUGGGGCAUUGCCAUGCUGACAAUUUUUCUAGUAUUGCUAUUUUCUCAAUAUGCCAGGAAUGUUAAAUUUCCUCUCCCAAUUUACAAGUCCAAGAAAGGGUGGACUGCAUACAAGUUACAGCUUUUCAAAAUGUUCCCUAUAAUCCUGGCCAUCCUCGUGUCCUGGCUGCUCUGCUUCAUCUUCACAGUGACAGACGUCUUCCCUCCCGACAGCACAAAGUACGGCUUCUAUGCACGCACGGACGCCAGGCAGGGUGUGCUUCUGGUAGCCCCAUGGUUUAAAGUUCCUUAUCCGUUUCAGUGGGGCCUGCCCACGGUGUCCGCGGCCGGCGUCAUUGGCAUGCUCAGCGCAGUGGUUGCCAGCAUCAUCGAGUCCAUCGGUGACUACUAUGCCUGUGCCAGGCUGUCCUGUGCCCCACCACCUCCCAUCCAUGCCAUCAACAGAGGGAUCUUCGUGGAGGGCCUCUCCUGUGUUCUCGAUGGCGUAUUUGGCACUGGAAAUGGCUCUACUUCAUCCAGCCCCAACAUUGGCGUUUUGGGAAUUACAAAGGUUGGCAGCCGCCGGGUGAUCCAGUAUGGCGCGGCCCUCAUGCUUGCCCUGGGCAUGAUCGGGAAGUUCAGCGCCCUCUUCGCCUCCCUUCCAGACCCUGUGCUCGGAGCCCUCUUCUGCACGCUCUUCGGAAUGAUCACGGCUGUUGGCCUCUCGAACCUGCAGUUCAUCGAUUUAAACUCGUCCCGGAACCUCUUUGUGCUUGGAUUUUCAAUCUUCUUUGGGCUCGUCCUUCCAAGUUACCUUAGACAGAAUCCUCUUGUUACAGGGAUAACAGGAAUCGACCAGGUGUUGAACGUCCUUCUCACAACUGCUAUGUUUGUCGGAGGCUGUGUGGCUUUUAUUUUGGACAACACCAUCCCAGGUACCCCAGAGGAAAGAGGAAUCAAGAAAUGGAAGAAAGGUGUAGGCAAAGGGAACAAGUCCCUCGACGGCAUGGAAUCCUACAACUUGCCAUUUGGCAUGAACAUUAUUAAGAAAUACAGAUGCUUCAGCUACUUACCCAUCAGCCCGACCUUUGUGGGCUACACUUGGAAAGGCCCCAGGAAGAGCGACACCAGCCGGAGUUCUGACGAAGACUCGCAGGCCACGGUAUAGCCCUUGCCGCGCCUGUGGCCCGCGUCUGUAGUUCCUUGCUGAGUACCACGAAGUGAAAUCUAUGUCUGUGUAUCUACAUUUACAUUCUGCACCCCAGAGCUAAGACAGAUUGCAGAUAGCUUUUCUAUCGUGGGUGGUGAUCGUGUCUAAUAUGGUGUCUCACCCGUCUCCUUAUUUAAGCCCUUGCCCCCUUGCCCUUUGACAGUGUCCAUUGCUGGCCGUGGUCACUGAACUUGAAGUUCCAGUCCUUGCUGGAGUGGAUGUUUGAACCCCGCAGCUGUUCCUUGUUUUCAGUCCUCCUCCACGCCCAGUGCUAGCUUUCCUAUAAGUCACCUCCAGGGUCCAGGGGCUUCAGAAGCCCCUGGUCCUGCUUCCCUUUCAUUUGACAUCAGCCUGUGCCUGCAGAGAGUGUCUCGAGCCCCAGGGCACCAGUGUCCUCACAUGGUCACAGCUGGCUGGUCAUGUGUGCUUCUGCCGCCCUGAUCCUCCUGAAGGGGGAGGCCCUUGCUUUGAACACAGUGGCAUGGCUACCCUAGGCCCAGAUCUGGGUGUGGGUGUGGUCCAUGAGGAUAUCACUGAAUGGAAAUGGGUUUGGGGGCUAGAGGGAACGUGGAAUGACCCUGAAGCCAGUAUCUGAUUCAGCUGCUCUGACACCCUGCCACCUUGGCCCCAGCUGGGCCAACACAUUUCCCAGCAGUCUCUUUUAGUCACCGAGACACUGUCUGGCAUUGUCACUACUGGCUGGUGUGACAGGCAUGGAUUGCCACACACAGGCACCAACCAGAUAUGUUCACGGGAGUCUUGGCUCUGCUGUCACGUGGGUGUGUAUCGUCGCGCGUGUCUACAAUGACAAGGUUUGAUUCCUAUUUAAUGUUAUUGACUAUAGCAGAUUUUUGAAAUCAGUGUUUUUCCAUGUGACCCGCUUCCCCCAGUAUUCCUAUUACUCGUCCCUCCUCCCCCACCCCCAUUAAGAAAAGAACCAGCAUUUGUAAAGCUGUGGACACCAUCAGGGAAGCUUGUUGUAAUGGCUUUUGAAGGCCAGUAACCAUUGUUGUGGUUGUGUUUUGUAUUGCUUGAUACCUUGAAAGUGUAAAUACUGUAAUGCCUAAUCUAUUUAUCAAAACUGACUACUGGACCAGAGCCCAGAAACCAUGGGUCAAGUUAUACGUGAAUUUGUUCAGUGAAUAGGGAAGCUGGGGCAUGUCACCCACAGAGCCGACCCGUUGAAUGGCCGCUCAUAACUCUGGUUCUGCUGUGAGUCAGUUCUGGCAGUUGUGGCUCAAGGAGACUUUCUGUGCUUGCCCUGUUCAACACCCACUAGGUCUUGGUUUUGUGGAGGGAAAGGUUAGACCUUGGCCAAAUCCUGCCUUUCUUCUUUAAGUUGUUGCAUACGGUGGUGAGAAAAGUAGCCAGCAGAAUCUCUUUUAAGAGAGUUCUGGUGAAUAACACUAAAUUGUUUCUGAAAAAAUGACUUCUGUCAAAUGUGGUUUGGAGUUUUCCAGCCAGAAUGAAAGUCUGAGACAGGCACAAGGGGGUGUGCCUGGUGAGGGUGUGCUUCAGUGGUCAUUGACCUGGUUGGGAUUUGGGUGGUGGUGGGCAUUGCUGUCUCUGACAGCAGGGCCUGGUUCUCGGCAGCCUCGUUGUCCACACGGUGCACUCUCCCCCACUCCUGGCCUGGCUCGUAUUCACCACGUGGUGACACUUGGCAGCCCCUGGACCCCUGGAAGUUGGGCUUCGAGGUUUACUCUGGCAAGAGCACCUCAGAGCCAUGGCACUGUUUUUGCCAAAAUCUUACUGCAGAUUAAGUAAAGAACUUAGAUUCUAAGUUACAUUUAAUUUCCUACGUUCUUUUUAAUGUGUAUUCAAUGCGUAGCUCCUUUAGAAGCAUGCCGGUUAAUGAUUUGCAUCCCUCUCCACUUAGUAAAGCCCUCAGGGCUGUCAGCCUUCUUCUCUGUGUUGGUCUCAGGCCCUUCUGUUUGUAUUUUGCUCAGCAUCUCCGAUUUCUAUGCUCUGAAAAUGGGAAAAACUCUAAACCUCUCAGAGAUUCUAUUCUAACAGUAUUCUAGCUUCUCCAGGUGAGCAGAAGGACCAAAUAUCCAAACAAAAGCCUCGGAGUCAGCAGUGAUUCAGCUUGACCUGACAGGGCCUCUUCCCUCCCACUGAGGUGUGUGCCUUAGACAUUCAGAACCCACUCCCUCGGGAACCCCUCCUCGGGCCAGAUUUUAUAGGGAGUCCUCCGUACGCAUUCUCAUGGGUAGGGAAGCCCUUGCCCACACCUGCUGUUGGGAAGAGGGUUUCCUCUCUCGUUCUGUUGUGGCCAAAUUUUGUUGUUCUGUCUGAUGAGGGGAAAGGGGACAGGAGGUGGGAGGAAAGAGCGGAGCGUGACUAGAUGUCCCCAUUGAGUCGUACUUUCUACACAGCCUUGAGUGAUUGGAGUCCCUGGAUCACUAGUAAAUCUUGCACAAGCAAUACACACAUCAUUUUAGGAAGUGGCCUCCCGCUAGCAAA